AUGUCGGACGUCGAGGAUACCAGCAAUCAGCGUGCACUGCUGAUUCCCGUCAAGAACUCGGAGCAAGCAGUACAAGUCUAUGUAGAUGAGCUGCCCGAUGAUGUGAAUGAUAUUAUUGAUAUACUCCGUGCUGAAGUAGCCCCUCUCGAUAUCUGGUUACAAUUUGCCGUGGAAUAUUAUAAUCAAGGGCAUGUUGGUCAAUUUCAAGAGAUUUUAGCAGUGGCAUCGGAGCCAGGAAUUGAAGAGAUUUACAAGGAUAAUGCAUCCAGAAUGUGUCGGAUCAAGUUCUUUAUUGCUUUAGCCAGUCAUUCAGUCAAUGCCAUGUGGAAUGAAGAAGAUGAGAAGAAAAAAGAGACGAUUUCGCAACGGGCUGUGGGUUAUUUUCAACGUGCUGACCGUUUGGAUCAUCAACAUCCCAUGACAUUAGUGGGCAAGGCACUCAUGUUUAUGGCCAAGAAUGAAGAUGAUCGUGCUGAUCGCUUUAUUAAGAGCGUCUUGAUCUCGAACAAAAGUAAUUUACCAGCGAUUCUGGGCAAGGCACUGCUUUUGUACCGUAAAAAACAGUACAAGGACGCCAAAAAACUUUAUCUAGAAGCCAUCAAGCUGCAUCCACGCAGCCCACAAGCUGCUAAUAUGCGUAUGUGCUUUGCUUAUUGUUGCUAUCAUCUGGGAGCUGUGGAAAAGGCUCGUGGAGUGAUGCGCUACACGGCGUCGCUUGAUGAGACGAAUGUGGACGCUGUAAUUGCGAAUGCGCUAUGGCAACUGGCAAGUCAGAGCCGUGAAGAACGUGCGGCGAGCAUCCGUGACGAAAGCUCGCGGUUUAUGAUGAUGAUUCAUCACGCACACGCUAUUGAUAAGACGAAUCCUACGGUGCUCAACCAUCUGGCAAAUCACUAUUUCUCACAGUGGAUCCCACUUCCGUGCACAGUGAGUGUAGUACGUGGAUCUGAUAUUGUCGCCACAUCCAAGGAUAUUUCUAGCGAAGUAUCUCCGGGUCAGAUCAUUUGCAUCAGUGACAAGUACGUUGCCUACAUUAGCCGCAAUGAAGAUGCCGUGUCAUCGUCUGGACUCAAGCUCGAUGGCCCGUAUCGCGAUGAUUCGGUGAUAGCCACGAACAUUGCACGAAAGGACUACGACAAGAUGUUUACGCUUGCAGGAAAUGCUUUUCACAGCACAAAAAUACCUGAGAUCCGCUCGGAGAGUUGUUACCUCAUGGGACGUGGUUGCCACGCACAGGGCAAGUACAAGGAUGCGUACAGCUAUUACUUUAACGCCGGACGACUUUGGCCCAAAUUUGUUCUCCCGUGGUUUGGGCUGGCUCAGAUGUACUACGAGCGCAAGGAAUUCACAAAGGCGGUAUCUUAUUUGGAAAAGGCUAACAAAGCGUAUCCUGAGAAUGUGGAAAUCUUGUCGCUUCUCGGCGAUGUCUAUGGCAAGCUUGGCAAAAAGGAUGAGGCGGUCGUUCUGCUUCGUCGUGUCGUUGAGCUGGAACCAGGCAAUGUGGAGGCUCUGAUCGGCACAGCUGAACUACUUCAUGCGUCUUUGGAACGUAAAGACCAGAUUAUUGCAAUUUCUUCCUAUAUUGCAGCGGAAAAGGUUAUGAACAAUGCUUCGGAGCGUGUACCUAUGGAAGUGUACGUGAAUUUAGGCGUGCUUCAACAACGUGUGGGCAAGACAGCUGACGCCAUCAAGUGCUUUCAAAAGGCACUCAAGCAAUUGGGAGAUGAUGGCAAUGCCAAUGAAGAAAGCAAGUCCGACGAGGCUCAUGCGCUAAUUAAGGAGACCUCCAUCCCAAAACCGUCGGAGGCGAAUAUUACCAUUCUGUACAAUAUGGGACGGGUAUACGAGGAAAUGGGUGAACGUGAUCAUGCCAAGAAGCUGUAUGAUGCUAUCCUUGACGUUUUUCCUCGAUACACUGACUGUUUGCUGCGUCUGGGCUGUAUGCUGCGCGAUCGCGGCCAGGAGGCUGAGGCGAUCAAAAUGUUUGACAAAGUAUUGGAGGUAGACCCGACUUGCGCCGAGGCCUCCUUACUACAGGGCAACAUUUAUCUAAAGAAGCGCGAAUGGGUGUUUGCUCAGAAAAAGUAUGAAAAGAUCAUGGGAAUGCCUGGUCUGAAGAACGAUCCAUACGCCUUUUUGUCGAUGGGCAAUAUUUUCAUGAGCAACCUUGGAGAGAAGAAUCGGUACACCAAGAACAUGUCGUUGAGCGAAGUGUACUACAAGAAGACAUUGACAUCAUACCCACACAAUAUCUACGCAGCCAACGGCUUGGGUAUAAUGAUUGCCGAAAAGGGCAAUUUUGAACUUGCGAAACAGAUUUUCUCACAGGUGCGUGAGGCUAGUCCAGACAUGCCAGAUGCCUGGAUCAAUCUCGCGCAUAUUUUUGUCGCCGAAGAGCGUUACCAGGAGGCUAUCCAGCUCUACACUGUGUGUCUUACGAAAUGCUAUCAGGGCCAGGAUCUUGAGGUGCUUUUGUACCUUGCGAAAGCUUACUACGAGUGGAAGGAUUUUUCGAGCUGCAUUGCCACGCUGUCUCGUGGACUACACAUGUACCCAAACGAUCUUCGUCUCUGGUAUAACACUGGCCUCGCCCAGGAAGAUUAUGCUGUGACAACGUUAGGUCAGGAAACAACUACCACACGAUCCGGUAGUGGCAAUGCGGUACCUCAACAUCGUACUAUGGCCGAUGUUCAGCGCGCCAUCCUAGAUCUGAAGCGAGCUCAGCGUAUUUUCCGUUUUCUACUUCAGCAAGCAGAAGCAACUAGCAGUUCGGGUGCUAGCGAGAAGAAGAAACACCACAACAGUCUGCCGUUCGAUAAGGAGAAGGUAUCAGACCACGAGAAGUUCUGUGGCGACACGUUGACAAAAGCAAGCUAUCACUUGGAGUUUGAGCGUCAAAAGGAGGAAAAGCGUCGGCUGGAGAUUGAAGCUCAGCGGAAGCUGCUGCGUGAGUACGAGGAACGCGUGGCGCGUGAAGAGGAAGAGACGCGUGUGAAGGAAGAAGAUAUGCGUAAGCGUCACGAUGACAUUCGACUCAAGCAGGACGAGCGUCUAAAGAAAUUGCACGAAGGCUGGAGUGUUCGUGAGCGUGAGGAAGAAGAGAAGAAGGUGGUCAAGAAGAAAGGAGGCAAGAAACGCAAGAAAGCUGGUGAGGAGGAUGGUGGUUUUAUUGAUGAUAGGGAAGAAGAGCUGGAAGAGGACGGUGGUAACAGCAUGUCGAUCGAGGAUAUGAAGAACCGCAACGCGACCAUGAAGAAAUUGGUGGAGAAACGCAGCAAGCGUGCGCGUACGAACUCUGGCUCAGAAAAUGAAAAGGAUGAUCCAACUGGUCUUUUCGGCUCUGACUCGAGCGACGAGGAGCAGGAAGAGGCCAAGUCAAGUGAAGGAAUCAAGGAUGAGACGAAGUCUACGACUGAAAAUGCUGAAGUUCUGGAAAGCCGUGAAGCAGAAAAGAACGAGCUCUUUGGAUCGUCUUCGGAUGAAGAAUAA